AUGGGUGAGUUUACUAGAAGGUAUUCGGAUAUAACCCUUUCUUUUUUUCAAGAUAUUUUAUUCGAAGAAGAUCCUCAUGUUCAUUUAAAAGCCGUUCAGGUAUCUGAAGGAUCGAGACGAGGAGACAAUUACACAUCGAUGUUAUAUAGAGUAAAAACGAUUGGUACUAAAAAUUGCGAACCUUGGUCGAAAUCAUUCGUUUAUAAAUGCAUACCAUCGAGCAGAGUAAGAAGAGAAGCAUUUAAAUCCGAAUCUCUUUUUCUCAACGAAGUUGCCUUUUACACGAAAGCACUUCCGGCACUACUAAAAUUUCAAUCAUCGAGAGGUUGCAACGAUUUUACGGAAAUACCAAAAGUUUAUUUUGCCAAAGAAAACGUUUUAGUUUUGGAAGAUUUAAAAGAGCGACAAUUCGUAAUGGCCGAUCGUAAAAAAUUUUUUAACGUUGAACAUUGCGAAGCCGUCGUCAAAGCUUUGGCCAAAUUUCACGGAUUAUCAUUGGCUAUGAAAACGAUCGAACCGGAGAUUUUUCAAACGGAAGUUGUCAAUUCCGUAACGGAAUGUUUAUUCAAAUCCGAAAAUGAAGAAUGGUAUCGUCAAUAUUAUCAGACUGCGAGGAAAAACGCCAUCGAAUUCGUUAAAGAAUGUCUUGUAACGGCAGAAGAUAAAAAAAAAUAUUUAACGAAAUUUCAACAUUUUCUAGACGAUUCUUUUUUCGACAGAAUGGUCGAUUUGGUACAACCAAUCGAACCCGUUUCCGUUAUUUGUCACGGUGAUUGUUGGACAAACAACAUUUUAUUUAACUAUUCCGAUUCGGAUGAUACUAUAAACAAGAUUUGCUUUUUAGAUUUUCAACUUGUUCGAUACAGUUCAUUCGCGUUGGAUAUAGUUAAUUUUCUCUACAUAUGUACAUCCCGAAAUUUGAGAUCAUCUCACAUGGAUAAUCUUAUUUCCAUAUACGCGGAAACAUUGGAAAAAUUUUUGGAAAAGUUGGGAUGUCCCAAAGGACCUUUCGAUAAUAUUUCCGAUACAAUAAAUAAAGAAAUACAUCGGUGUGGAAAAUUCGGACUCGGUUUAGCCGUUGACAUGAUACCGAUAUCGACGUGCGAUUCCGAACAGGCACCUGAUUUAUACAUAGAUUCAACAGAAGAUGGAAAUGACGAAUCGGAAAAACCAGUUUGGACAAAAAAUGAAGUCUGCCGUAAAAGAAUGACGGAUCUCGUUCAAGAAUUAACCGAUAAAAAUGCACUAUAA